UUGUUUUUUCUAAAAUCAGUAUAGUUAUUAAACAAGGUAGAUCUUAAAAUGAAUACUCCAAUAACAUAAAUGUUAUAGGUAUUUUUAUUUUAAGUUUAGUAUUCAUUACUGAUGUCUAGUAGUAAUCUGAAUAUACGGCGAUAUUUUGGGUUAAAUUUCCGAUCGGGUUCAAGAUGGAAAUCUUCUUUAUUAUUAUGUAUCUUGAGCGGUGUUCGCCUAUAAGUACUUAUGAAAAAAUAUUUAGUUAGUAAUGCUAUAAUACAAAUUACGAACUGUCAUUGGAAUAAAUAAAAAAUCUUCGUUAAUUAUUCGUGUAUGUAUCUAAGGUUAUAUAUAUUUUUUAAACCAUCUUAAUUAUAGUUAUUAUAAAUUUAAUAUUUCAUAUGAACACUGAACAUUUUCAAAACUAAAAUUAUGCCGGCUCUGUGCUUACUUUACCUGCAUGUUGUCUAGCCACAGUAAUAUUGAUUGCCUUGUGAAUACUUGUAAGACUUAGAAGAUGCUAAUUGACUCUAGUUUAUGUCCUAAGGCUGGCAAGUCUAACCGGCUUCGCUAUGAUUCGCGUUGUAUUAGUAUUAAUAUUUAUUGUAAGAAUAGAAACGGCUAAAAUAUUGGCCAUUUUUCCAACUCCAUCAAUAAGCCACCAAGUGGUUUUUAGACCUUUGAUACAAGAAUUAGCAAAACGUGGACAUCAAGUGACAGUUAUAACCACAGACCCAGUAUUUCCCAAAGAAGGAACGCUAAAUAAUUUUACAGAAAUUGAUAUACAUGAUGUAUCGUAUAAAAUUUGGAGGGAAACGUUUUUGCAAGCAACGAUCACUAGUGGUAAUACAGAUGAUAUUAUAAACCAAAUGUACGUGGCUUUUGAUCUCUUAACUGAUCUGUUUGAAAUACAAAUGAACAUCGAUGAAGUUAAAAGUGUUGUGAACGAUAAAGCAUACGAUCUGUUAAUUUUGGAGGGAAUAGCAAAGCCAGCUUUAGCAUUAUCGCAUAUAUAUAAAGUGCCUGUGAUACAGUUUAGCUCUUUGGUUCCAGUUUAUAAUAAUCUGCAGACUCUUGGUGCGCCUGCCCAUCGUCUGCUAAAUCCGGAAUUAAUUCGGCAGAAAAUACAUAAUUUGACAAUGUGGGAUAAAAUUAAAGAAUUGUACACACAAUUCAGAUUUGAAAACAUUAUUGAUAAGUUAGAAAUACAUCAAGAUUCUGUAAUCAAAAGAAUUUUUGGUGCUGAUAUUCCACCUCUUAAAGAACUUUACAAUAAUAUAGACAUGUUGUUCGUGAAUUGUCAUCCUCUAUGGGAUUCAAACAGAGCUGUUCCGCCCAGUUUAGUUUAUUUAGGAGGAAUUCACAAGAAUCCGCAUAAAGAUUUACCUAAGGUUGUAUUCAUAGAUAUAUUAACAAAUAAAAACAAUUUUUGGUGACUAGUAAAAAAAUAUCAAGUUUAAUGUUUACUCUUAAUGACAUCGAAUGACUAAAAUAAAAAUAUUACUGCGGCAUAAAAUAUAUUAGCUCUUUGUUUAAACCUAAAAUUUUUAGUUUAUUCUAGUUGUUUUUUGAGCAAGCCUCAGUUACAACAAGGAAAGCAUUUACCCAUUUUUAAACUUUUUACAAAUAAGUCGUAAUCAAAAACUCAAAAUUAGUGCAUUUGUAGGUACCAUUUUUGACAGCAAAUUCACGGAUUCUUUUCUCUCU